AUGGAGCAUCGAGAUGAAGCGGUUGCGUUGCUGAAAGCGAUGGGCUUUGAACACAGUGCGGCUCGAGCUGCACUUGAAUGGUGCAGCGGAAACGUUGAAGCUUCCGCAAAUUUUCUUUUGAAUGGGCAUCCCAGCUUUGCUGCUUCGGGGACAUCAGGAAGUUUUGAAGCUGUGUCUUCCGCGGAAGUUAGAAACAUCCAUUGUCCUCUGAGUCAGUACAGCUUGGAGGCGGGUCAGUCGUCUUGCACAUGCAUAGCGAUGACCAACGCCUUGCACUUUUUGCGCUCCUCAAACCACAUUUCUGAUUUGUCUCCUGAAUUUCUACAGUGUGCUCUUCUCGCAGGAAAUCAAACCUAUCUAAAGAUCGCACGGAAUCGAACGGUCGAACACAUGUCGGCCGAAGAAGCUCUAGAUUCAGGGGAGUUUCAGUGUCUCGAGCUCAUAGGGAGCGUGCGCCAAGGAAUUAUAUCUCGAGAUGAUCAGCAUCCGUUAGGUUUUGCAGUGCAGCUUCAGGAGUGUAAAUCUGAGCGAUUUUGGACAUGUGUUCUGAUCACAAAAACACCUGAGUCCGUCGUGAUAUGUUUGCCACCCAGCAGUGAAACUGAGUACGUUUUAAUCGACUCCCAUCCGCGGUCUCAUCUGUUUGGUACCGAAGGAAGCUACGCUCGAAUUCAUUUCAGUCUCUCGGCUUUGGUGGACAGUCUGAAGCAAAUAUUCCCGAUGACCGAUCUAGGCAGUGAUGUGCCCGAGCUCAUGGCUGCCAUGUACAACUCGUUUGAUUUGUACGCGUUUCAAUACAAACAAAUCUUAGCUUGA